CACAAUAGUUCAGUCAGUAGUACGCUUUACAUUAUCAUCAAAUAACGCCUGGAGUCUUUAUUUUGAACUUUGGAAGAGAAGCGAUAUACGACUCAGCUAAACCUAUAAUAUUACAAAAGAUUUCGAUUUGUUGGUCUGGUUUCCGGUCGUUUUUAUUAAUCCAGUCGCAGUCAUCAGUUUAAUUCAUUUUCUUGUGGUUAACAAACAUGCAUUUAGAAGGUUGGAGAGCAAAACUCGCCGUGUGGGUCAUCAAAUUUCUUGUUCUUGUUUACGAUAUCCUGUCGUUUCCUAUUUAUUUUUUUACUGAUAAACCUUGGAACAGAUGGAAGUUGGAGAAAAUUAUUUGGUCAAAAUUAGAGGAUGAUCUUGAUCCUUAUAGCUGCUAUAUUCGUCAAACAUACAAUCCUCAAACGGCUGAAGAGAAUGGAGUAGAAACAAUGGGCGAAUUGUUUGAAAGAGCUGUUGCAAAAUAUAGCAGAAAGAACUGUUAUGGUGUCAGAGAAGUUUUAGGAGAAGAAGAAGAACAACUGAAAUCUGGAAAGCUCUUUAGAAAGCUGCGUCUCGGGGAAUUUAAGUGGCUGUCAUAUAAUGAUGUGAAAGAACGAGUUGAUCAUAUUAGCAAAGGUUUGUUAUCACUAGGAAUACAGUCGAGACAACCUGUAGUGCUUUUGGCUGAAACUAGGAUAGAAUUCAUUCUAACAGCACAAGCUUGCUUCAGUGUAAAUAUUCCAGUUGUGACAUUGUACGCCACACUUGGAGAAGACGGCUUAAUUCAUGGAAUUACGGAAACAGAAGUGACACAUAUAAUAACUUCAGUGGAACUGCUACCUAAACUAAAGAGCAUUUUACAUCGAGUACCUGCAGUUACUCAUAUAAUUUAUAUGGAAGGUCUUUCAUCUCCAUCAACAGAGAAUCUGCCUUCAAGUGUAAAACUCAUUUCUUUCUCUGAAAUGGAGGAAAACGGAAAAACGCUUUCAGACGUAAAAUAUACUCGAGCUGUAGCUGAUGAUCUAGCUAUUAUAAUGUAUACCAGUGGCUCAACUGGAGUUCCAAAAGGAGUUAUGAUGACUCACAGGAAUGUAGUUACAACCGUGAAAGGGUUAAACGGUGUUCUGAAACACUCGUCUCUGCAGUUACGGGAAAGUGAUGUUUACAUAGCAUACUUACCCGCAGCUCAUAUUUUGGAACUGGCAUCAGAAUGCUACUUGACUUCAGUGGGAGUCCAAGUGGGAUUUUCAUCUCCGCAAACACUAACAGAUUUCAGUACAGGAGUUAAAGCUGGCGCAAAAGGAGAUCUGAAGAUUUUAAAACCUACAUUAAUGGUGUCAGUGCCGUUAAUGUUGGACCGGAUUAGAAAAAGCAUUCUGCACUUAGCAGGAAGAGAGGGAACAUUUUCACGUCUAAUGUUCGAUUUUGCAGUUAGUUACAAGAAAUUCUGGUCUGAGAAAGGUUUUCAGACACCAAAAUUAGACAGGAAACUCCUCAAGACUUAUCAUGACUUUAUGGGUGGUAACUUACGAGUUAUUAUGUGCGGCAGUGCUCCUUUAUCACCAGAUACACAGAGCUUUAUUCGAUGCUGUCUUAAUGUUCCAGUGCUACAAGGCUAUGGCUUAACUGAAACUGCAGCUAGUGCAACUGUAACGGACUAUGAUGAUUUGAGUAAUGGUAGAGUUGGAGCACCGUUAACUACCUGCAAACUACGGCUAGUGGACUGGAAAGGAGGUAGCUACUUUGUGACAGAUAAACCCAAUCCUAGGGGUGAAAUCGUUCUUGGAGGAGACUGUCUUACCUUGGGGUACUUCAAGAAUGCAGUACAAACGGAAGAAGCUUUCAGAACGGAGAAUGGUAUUCGGUGGUUUUAUACGGGAGACAUAGGAGAAGUAUUUCCCAAUGGUACAUUAAAAAUAAUCGAUCGAAAAAAGGAUUUAGUAAAAUUACAGUUUGGAGAGUACAUUGCACUAGGAAAAGUAGAAGCAGAAUUGAAAACAUGUCCUCUCAUAGAAAAUAUCUGCGUUUGUGGAAAUGGCCUGCAAACUUACCUUGUUGCCAUUGUCAUACCUAGUCAACCACAUUUAAAGGCAUUAGCCAAGGAAUUAGGCAAAGAUCACCUUCCUUUCAAAGAAAUGUGCGCAGACCCAGAAAUUACAGCCAAAGCUACUGAAAGAAUAAAAUCGUACGGAAAAAAAUGUCAUCUCCAUGGUGCCGAGAUUCCAAAGAAAAUUAAAUUGUGCCCAGAUGAAUGGACACCUGAAUCUGGAUUAGUGACUGCUGCAUUUAAACUUCGACGGAAGUUUAUCGAGAAGCAUUAUGAAGACAUUAUUAAUAGCAUGUACACCAAAAAUGAGCAGAACUCUAUGUAAGAAACUGAUGCUGUGUAAACAUGCAUUUAACAUGUCGCAUUUGCUUGCCUGCCUGCUCACAAACUUUUGGUGGCAAGUAUAAGGUCUCAUAUUCAUAUAUUUUUUACACAUGCAUUAUUUUCUGUGCAAAAAAGUAAUAAAGACGAAAUAAAGGUUAUUUGAUGUAUUAA